AUGUACGGAAACCUGUUCCAUAUUUGUCGUUAUAUUCGUCAGGACUGUCGUUCUUUUGUCAGAGCUUCACAUGCAGAAGUUGCAUUUUCAAGAUCAUUUAAGAUUAAAAUUCGAUUGACCAUUCGCGUUCAUAGAAAGAAGACGAGAGAUAUGCAUGUCGGUUUUCUCGGACAUGAUGUGGUUAAAAUUAUUGAAAAAUUGUCUGAUGAUGUUGUUUCUGUCGAUCUUACAAUUACAAAUACUGUUGAUCCAAAUGCGCCAUCUAAUUUAAAUAAGAACAAUUUACUUGAUUUAAUUGAGGAAGUUGAAUUAAUGUUAAAUGGUUCUGAUACGGAUCAUCAGUCGUAUUCAUCUAACAGCCGUAUACAAGCAGCAGUAACAACAACAAGCUGUCACAAAUAG